AUGGCGCGAGGUGACGGCCAGGAGCUCGACAUCACCGUCCCCGUCGACGACCCAAAGAAGUCCGACCAGGAAAAGGCAAAGGAAGAGCAGCGCGAGGAAGCAGCACGUAAAGGCCUGCCCCCCUUCUCCGAAAAGCGUGCCAAUGCCAAGGACAAGCCCGAUGACGAGCUCAGCGAAGACGACCUCCAGCUCAAAAACGAGCUCGAGAUGCUCGUAGAGCGUCUCAAGGAGGACGACGCCUCCCUCUACCGUCCCGCUCUCGAGUCCCUCCGCACCCUCAUCCGCACAAGCACCUCCUCCAUGACCUCGGUCCCCAAACCCCUCAAGUUCCUCCGUCCACACUACCCAGAGCUCAAGACGCUCUACAACGCUUGGAAUCACGCCUCCGACGACAAGAGCCUCUUUGCAGAGAUCCUCUCCGUCCUCGCAAUGACCUACUCGGACAACGGACAGCGCGAAACCCUCCACUUCCGCCUCGAGGCGAAUCACGUCGCCGCCUCGGGCAAGUCCGAAGACCCAGGUCUGUGGGGUCACGAAUACAUGCGCCAUCUCGCCGCUGAGCUCGGCGAAGAGUACACCGCCCGCUCCCACGAGGACAAGAACACCGACGAGCUGCUCGACCUCGCCCUCCAGGUCGUCCCCUUCAGCCUCUCCCACAACGCAGAGGCAGACGCCGUCGACCUCUUGCUCGAGCUCGAGGCCAUCGACAAGCUGCCCCAGUUCGUCGACAAGGACACCUAUGCACGCGUAUGCCUCUACAUGGUCAGCUGCGUCAACCUCCUCGUGCCCCCCGACGACGCCAUGUUCCUCCGCACCGCCCACGAGAUCUACCGCAAGCACGACCGCUUCACCGAGGCCAUGACCCUCGCACUCCGCCUCGGCGACAAGCACCUCAUCCGCUCCGACUUUGAGGCGCCCAAGAAUCCCACCAUGCGCAAGCAGCUCGCCUUUAUGCUCGCACGCCAGCACAUCCCCAUCGAGUGGCUCCAGGACGAAGACGCGCCCAUCACCGACAACGAACUGCUCGACAUCAUGUACAACUCGCACCUCUCGCGCCACUUUGUCAACUUUGGCAAGGAGCUCAACGUCGUCGAGCCAAAGAGCCUCGAAGACAUCUACAAGACCCACCUCGAAAACUCGCGCACCGGCCUCGGCUCCUCGGUCGACUCGGCGCGCGGCAACCUCGCCAGCACCUUUGUCAACGCCUUUGUCAACGCCGGCUUCGGCAACGACAAGCUCAUGGUCGACGCGCCCGAGGGCAACUCGUGGAUCUACAAGAACAAGGACCACGGCAUGCUCUCCGCCGCCGCCUCGCUCGGCAUGAGCUUGCUGUGGAACACAGAGACCGGCCUCGACCAGAUCGACAAGUACUCCUACUCGUCCGAAGAGGCCAUCAAGGCCGGCGCACUCCUCGCCUACGGCAUCGUCCACUCCGGUCUUCGCUCGGAGCUCGACGAGGCCCUUGCGCUGCUCUCGGAGCACAUCGAGUCCAAGAGCAUCCCGCUCAAGAUCUCGGCCAUCGUCGGUCUCGGCCUCGCCUACGCCGGCCUCUGCCGCGAGGACAUCGCCGCACUGCUGCUGCCCAACAUCCAGGACGAGACGACGCCCAUGGAGGUCGCCGCCAUGUCGGCGCUCUCGCUCGGCUUCGUCUUUGCCGGCAGCUGCCACGGCGAAAUCACGCCCACCAUCCUCCAGAGCAUGUUCGAACGCGACCCGGCGCAGCUCGACGACAAGUGGUCGCGCUUCAUGAUCCUCGGCCUCGCGCUCCUCUUCCUCGGCAAGCAGGACGAGAGCGACGCCACGAUCGAGACGCUCAAGGCCAUCGACCAUCCCAUCAGCAAGCAGGCGCAGGUGCUCGUCGACAUGUGCUCCUACGCCGGCACCGGCAAUGUGCUCAAGGUCCAGACCAUGCUCCACUACUGCACCGAGCGCUCCACACCAGACGCCAACGGCAGCGACGAUGCCGAGGGCGGCGACAACAACGACAAUAGCGCCAGCGGUGGCGGCGAUGCUGACGCCGAUUCGGGCGAUGCCAGUCAGGACAAGGAGGCCAACGAGCUCUUCCAGGCGUUUGCCGUGAUCGGUAUUGCGCUCGUCACGAUGGGCGAGGAGGUGGGUGCCGAGAUGGCGUUGCGUCACCUCUCGCACCUCAUGCACUAUGGCGAGCCUACGAUCCGUCGGGCGGUGCCGCUUGCCUUGGCACUGUUGCAUCCGUCGGAUCCGUCGAUGCCCGUCAUCGAUACGCUCUCCAAGUACUCGCACGACUCGGAUCUGGAUGUGGCGAUCAACGCCAUUCUUGCCAUGGGUCUCGUGGGUGCUGGAUCGAACAAUGCGAGGUUGGGUCAGAUGCUGAGGCAGCUGGCGGGAUACUACUACAAGGAACCCGACUGUCUGUUUAUGGUGCGCGUAUCGCAGGGGCUCGUGCAUAUGGGCAAGGGUACGAUCGGCAUCAAUCCGUACCAUACCGAUCGUCAGCUCAUGUCAAGGACCGCCGUCGCGGGCAUCUUGACCUUGCUUACGUCCAUGACCGAUGCGCGCGGGUUCGUGCUGGAUCAGGCUCAUUGGAUGCUGUAUAUGCUCACGCCCGCCAUGUACCCGCGCUUCCUCAUCACGCUCGACGAAAAGCUAGAGGCCCUCCCAACCUCGGUCCGCGUCGGAAAGGCCGUCGAUGUCGUAGGCCAGGCCGGUAAGCCCCGCACGAUCAGUGGAUUCCAAACACAUACGACCCCCGUCCGCGUCGGAACGUACGAGCGCGCCGAACUCGGAUCAGAGGAGUACCUCAGCUACGCCCACGUGCUCGAAGGCUUCUCCAUCCUCCUCAAGAACCCCGGCUACGUCAAGGAGGAAGACCUCUGA